CAUCAUCACGCACGCAUACUGUUCAUGCCCGCCCCUUUCGUUCCUUCAUUCUCUUUAAUGGGCAGAGCCGUCCCUCAGCACCUAAACUCCGGACACUUUAAAUAGCAGUCCGACCCCUUGCUUUUCCACAACCUCUCCUCUCCUCUCCUCUCCUCUCAGAAUGUCUAGGAGCCUGAAGCAAGUGGCUGCGCUGCUUGUGGCACUUCUGUGCCUGGAUCCUCACGGCCGUGUCGGCUCUGCACCCAUCUGCGCACAUGGGCCAUCAGGAUGUCACGUCCCGUCCCUGGCAGAUCUCUUCGACAGGGUCAUUCAGCACUCUGCCAGAAUGCACAGCCUCUCCAACGAUCUGCACUCAGAGUUUGAACAGUAUUUCCUGCCCAGCAAAAACCAUAUUGGAAAGAUCUAUCGCAAGUGUCACACCUCCAACAUACUGACUCCAAAUGGCAAAGAAAACGCACAGAAACUAGCUCGUGAAGAGUUAACGGAGGUGAUUCUUAAAUUGCUGUUGGCCUGGAGGGACCCCCUGUUCCAGCUGCACCAGAGCAUGGCUCACCAGCAGGACUUCAACAGCUUCAGCAGUAACAAAGCCCUGGAGAUGGGUGACAUGGCUCACGAGCUGAGGAAAGGGGUGGAGAAAGUAGCUGAAAAGAUGAGGGUGCUGGGGAUGCUUGGAAACUUUGUGACAGGUCUGUCGGAACCAGAAACCAUGCUUCCGAUAUCUGACAGUGGAGAGGCUAUGAGCGACUACGAGCUCCUGUACUGCUUCCGCCGUGAUUCAAACAAAGUCCAGAACUAUCUAAAGAUCCUUAAGUGCAGAAUUGUACCUGAGCAUGACUGUUAGGAAAGCAAAAAAAACAUGGGCCUUUUACCUGCACUAAUGGACUACACAUGCUGGCCCCCACUUAUCAAGCAUGUUUGACUCUGCACCAUCAAUUAAGACUUCAUCAGAUCCUUAUUGCAUCGCUAGUACUCCAAGCCAAUUCACUGCUAUAAUUAUCAAAACGUAAAUAGUAUGCAGCAGGAGAGGGGGAAAUUCUGUUUCGCCUCUAACUGGAAGUCAAUUCAUUCUUUAUAAUAUUUUUCUAUGUACCAAGUGCUUUCUAUUUAUAUUUCCACAUCAGUUAAAUUCCUUUUUUUUUUUUUUUUUUAUUUAUCAUUCAGUUGCAAAGCAAAUUUUCACUGAAUGAACUGACAACACAAAAUUUAAAUAAAACUGUAGACUCUUCAGCAGAGACACAGUGUUUACUGUAUUUAUUAAAGAAUAUGAAUUAAACUUCUUGAAAUUGUGUUCUAAGCACAUUUUCCACUACACAACACUGAACAUCGACAAUUAUUAUAAAAUAUUAUUUUCAUAUAAAGUUGCAAAUGUCCAGUGAGAUGACAUUAUUAUUAUUAUUAUUAUUAUUAUUAUUUUAAUAAACCAUACACAUACACACACACACACACACACACACACACACACAAUAAUACAAUCAUAUAUGGAGACUGUUUCUGAUUUGAUUUUUUUUGAUCUUUUUAUAUCAUUAAAAAAAACAAUGUAAUAAAACUACACAUGCUUUGGGGUGAAAAUUUAUUUAAUUAAAUUAAAUCUG